AGCUGCCUCAGAGUUCCUUACUCUGUCUCGAGUGAUGGGGGCGGGGCGUUUGCGGGGUUGCUUCCGGAAGCGGCCGGUUGCCGUGGAAACCGGAGUACCCGGAUGGUCUUUGAGGCUACGGAGAGAAAUGGAAAACACAGUUUUAAGCAUAGAACCAAAGUAUAUCAAGAACCUCCAACAGCAAAUUUAUUUCCUUGAAGCGGAAGCCAAUUUUCUUCGUGAACAGACCAAAAAAGCUACUGUUCUUCAGCCUCAUAUGACAUCUGAAAUGGAGCACUUGCGGCAAAAGCUACAGGAAUUACAGUCUCAGUCUGAUGGCCUCCAGCUAGAGCUAAAAAGAAAAGAAAAUGGUCUGAAUGUGCUGAAGGUAGAAAAAGAACAACUUCGUAACCAAAUCAUUAUAGCUAAUGAGAAUCAUUCAAAAGAAAAGCUGGCUUUGAUAGAAGAAAUUAUAGAAAUGAAGAGAAGGAAGGAACAAAAAGACAGGUUAAUCUCUGCCAAAGAAGUGGAAAUAUUGCAUGCUAAGCAGGAACUAGAUGAACAACAAAUUAAUUUGAGUAGCAGAGAACAGGCAAUCCUUGUGUUGCAAACAAAGGUGAAGCAGCAGUCUGAAAAGCAGAAAGCAGUGGAGUUGCAGCUUUCUGAAAAGAGAAAGGAGUGCUUGAAAGUGCAGUCUGCUGUGCAUGAAAUGGAAGAUAAAAUCUUUAAGAAAACAGCAGAGAUACAAGAAUACGUUACUCAUGAAUUACGGAGUGAAAUUUCUUUCCUACAUCAACAAAUGCAUGAGAGAGAGCUACUAGCAGAACAGGACAAUUUCUUGAGAAGUAAAAUGGUGGAUGAUUAUGAUGCUUUGACCAAGGAGAAUGCCAUGCUACAAUCUAGACUGUUGGACCUUAUCAAGCAAACAGAGAUUGAAAGAGCACUCAAGGACGAGAGUUAUGCAUCCCGUUUGGCUUGCGUUGCUCAGUUGCUCAUAAUGAAAGACCACGAAAAGCAUCUGCUGCAAGCCAUCAAGAGGCACCAAGAAUUCCUGGAUCAGCAAAAGAACACAUUUCAAGACCUUGAUGCUAAGAUUGGAUUAUUGGAAAAAAGAAGUACAUCUCUUGGCUUUAAUAGUGCAACAUUGAGGAGUAAAGUAGGUGAAAUCAGAGCUUUGUUAGAGAAAGAAGAACAAAGUAAUCUUCAGCUAAAAAGAGACAAAUCACUGCUGAUUGAUCUUGCAUCUAAUCUACAAAAACAGUUUACUGGAAAAGAAAACAGUCUCCUCCGAGCAUCCUAUAAAAUGUUGGAAUUGGAUGAAGCCAUCUCAGCAUUGAAAACAAGGCAUGCACUUCGUCAGUCUCUUCAGUCAGAAAAUUGGAGUGAUGUCUCCAAAAUGGCAAAUUCUAUGGAAAAUCUCAAGGCAAUAAUGUCAUGAACACGGGACAGUAUUAGUCAUACUGUUUAAGUAGGUUUUGAUUUCUUCUUAGUAUUGUUUUGAACAUAGAUACAUUCUGAAAAAUAUUUAUAUGGCUUGAUCAAACUAUUAACUAUUAAUAUGCGAAAUGAUUUUGCAGCACUUUAGAGAUUAACUGAAAGACGGAAGGUGGUAGCAUUCAUAGAUGAAGUCUGCUUCCUCAAAUGCAACUGUCAUUAUGUUUAUUAUAUUACAUUAUUGUAAGUGUUUGGGGGCUUCUUUGGGUUUUUGUUUUUUUGUUUUUUGCAUAUAUCCGGCCAUUGAAUGUUCGCCUUUUUUUGUUGUAAACUGCCCUGAGUUCCCUCGUGGAGAGAGGGCGGUCUAUAAAUAAAGAUGAUUAUGAUGAUUAU